AUGUCUGCUCAUGGGCAGCAGAGAUCGAACGGGGAGAGGGGUCGCGGCCAGAGAGGGGCGAGGAGGUUCGUACCGAAGGGCAACGAUGCCUCUCCUUCGCCCUCUUCUUCGUCUCGUCAUAGCGAUGCUGUCGCCCCAAAGCGGGUGCCGGCGACGCUCACGGCUUCCCUGAGAGGGGCGGUGUUGUCGUCCUCAGACGGGCCGCCGGUGCGCGGCGGAGAGAGAGGUGGCGCCUGCUUCGUGAAUUAUUUGCCCCAGGAUGAAGCGGUGGCUUCGGGCCUCGGGGUGGAGAACGGGGGCCUGGAUGCCGUGGAGUCGCAGGCCGUGGUGGAUGUUCUCAACGCGGAGCUGUCCCGUAUCCUUAAGAUGAAGCCCAAGAAAUUCUGGGAAGAAGGUGCGUCUCUAGGUCGUUGGAUUCUGGAUGAUCGAUUCCAAUACAUUUCUUCUCUCUCUCGCUCUCUAUAAUUUGCAAUUGGGUGGGUUAUGGUGGUAAAAAGCAGGUGGCAGACAGAACUAUCCGGUUGAUCUUCUUUCCUCUUCAACGACACUGAUCCUUUAGACCUUUUGAAUUAUAUCUUCUAAUAUCUAUAAUUAGUGGCGCUUGGCAGUGGUUCGUAGUAUCUCGCUGCAUGGGUUCCUGGACAGCUACUUACGGUUCAGGAAUAGAUGGUAUGAUCUCCCUCAUCGUGGACCUAAGGGAACCAUUGCGGGGAUAGUUGUUGGAGAAGCUGAGCUGAGCCGUCGCGUCUUCAUGGCCCUCUAUCGCAUGUGAGUUGACUCUUCCUUGGUUUACCCAUAUCCAGCAUAGGUUAGGAUGUCUUAGGCAUGUCUGCUUCUGGUCAGAGCACGCUGUUGUCGUUCCUUGCAAAGGCAGACGUGCCUUAUGUAUAAUCUAAUUGUCUAUUUUGGCAAGCAGGUCUACAAACAGAGAUCCGGGUGCUAAUCUUAGUGAUUGCCUCAAUUCCAAGGAGCAUGCAGGUGUCUUUGUCUUCGUAUUCUCCUCUAUUAUUUAUAUUUUUCAUAGCCAUCUGGGGAUCGUGUUUGCCAACAGAUUAAGGUAUAUGUAUUGAAUUUUGAGGAUGAAAAUUCUCAUUUCUUUCAUGUAUAGCCCUCUUGCAGGGAAUGAAAUUGUUGGACUUGCCAAAGUUGCUGGAUAUCUGUGCUAUCUAUGGUCAUGAGAAUGCUGCGCUAACAGAAACGCUAGUAAGCAUCUGGUGGUUCAUUUUAUUAAAAUCUGCAUCUUCAGUGCAUGUUUCUUGGCAUUAGAUGUUCUUCAUAUAUACGCCAAUGCGGCCCCUUCAUUGCAUGUUAAUUAGCAUUCAAUAUUAUUCAUGCUAGAAAAUGUAGGUACGUUUUGAUUUUGUUUGACAGUAAGAUAGAUAAAAGUAGGAGAAAAGAUGGAAGUAGCAGGGACACCAUGUUUUUCUUUUUUGGGUUUGCCCUCUCUUCUGUCCAUGUGUUCAUUUUCCUAUACUAUGGGCCACAUCCAAUUCUUAGAGUCUUGGUGGAUUUUAUUUUUUAGGAAAUUUUGGAUAUUUUAGUGCAGGUGGGAUUUGAAAGGGAAAAUGGCUUUAUGGUGCUUUUUAAGUAGUUUCCAGUGCUGUGAGCUCCUCUAGAUGGCUAUGUAAUGGGUGAUACUCUUUCGCGAAAUAUUGGCCUACUGAUAAGCAUAGAUGAUCAGUGAAUCUAGCACCAGUGACAUUAUGUUAUUAGAAAAUAUAUUUUUACCUCAAUUACGUUCUUAUAGUUGAGUCUUUCUCUCACAACUAAUUAUGUAACCAUAGGCAGAUUGAUUUUAAGAUUCUCUGGAGUCCAAAGCCCUUUCUGUAUCAGCCUUCUUUAGUCUUGUGUUUCGUUAAGACUUGGUGUUGUCUCCAGAGCUGAGUAUUAUUGGUUUGCUUCAAAGCGUGGUGCUUUGAAUGCUUUCCCCGGAGGUGCUCUAGUGAGACUCAGUGUAUGCUUGAUGCCGUUUGAUAGGAUACCUGUGGUAUGGGAUUGGGGACUUCAAAGAGCAGCCAGAAAGUAAACAUACGCUUCCAUUGCGAAAAUUUCGAUGAAAGGCCGACUGCUUUGAAUGCUACUACUUCUCAGGGGGGUUUGCUUCUUGGGGUGAUACACAUUUUUGUGAUUUUUAUUGUUUGUUAAUGUGAGAUAUUUCAUUUUCAGGUUAUGAAUGCAGUAAGAUCACAGCCGAAUGUUGUCCAAGAUAUUAGCACCACUCUUUCCUACUUUCUGAGCAUCGUCCGCACUAUGCAUCAGCGUUGCAGCUCAUCACUAGAGGUGCGGUCCUUCAUCCUCUCAAUGAAGGCUUGUAGUUUUAAAAUAGUUACCUUGUUAUCUCAUUUGUGAUCAAUUUUCAAUUUUUUUUCAAAAUCAUUGCUUGAGCCUUCUUCCGAAUUUUAUUUCGUUCCAUAUAACAACUAGAAGUCUUUAGUCUUCGGAAAAUGGCCUACGGAAUUGUUAUAUCUAAAAAUCCCUUCAUCGUUUAAUGUACUGUCAUCAACCCGUUUUUAUCAGUCAUCUUCUAUCCAGUUAGAUAUCGCGUCCAUGAUAUAUGUUCUUCAGACUUUGUUCUUAGAAGAUUCAACUGUAAGAAACUCUCUCUGACCAUUGUAAGAAGAGGUUGCAUACUUCAGCAAACAAUCAUGUGACUGCAUGUUUCUAGAGAAGAACAGGGAAGUGUAGUUUUUGUCAGAACACUCGUCUAGGAACUCUGACCAUUGUAUCGUGCAGUUCUAGGCUUUCUUCCACUUUAAUUUUGAAUAAUUUGACAUUUAAUCUCGCAUGAAAUAGUAAAAACAAUUAGAUUCGUAUCAAGCAAAAAAAUGAUAUUUGGGGAAAUGCGGUUUUAACUAAAAUCUGUCAAAUAGUCUGUGACAGUUGCGCGAGAAAGAGGCUAUAUAACUUGCUUUUGAUGACAUAUUUCUGUACUACAUCUCUUAAGUUCACACUUAUGGCGUCAUUUGUUAGAAGUCUUUCAUUGAUUACGGAUGAGAGGGGAAGUAACUCUUUGGAAAGGCAGUUGCAUAUCUGAUUCCUGCAGUUAACUGCUUAUCUGAUUCGUGAUCUGAAUCACAAGGAAAAUCCUGUACUUCUGAAAAGACGACGGGAAGACAUAAAAUAAGUAGAGAAACCGAAAGCUAAGAACUCACGUGGACACUUUGUUCAGGUUUUACUUACAUCUCCUGAUCUCGAAGGUCGUGGACUGCAGCUGCAGAUGGAUCUCUUGGAGGCAAGUUCCCAAAUAUACUCAAAUAUAGUGGAAUCGCCGUUUUGUUUCAUAUUUGUUUCUUUUUCUGAUUUCUUGUCUUCUCCUUUGUCCUCAGGUGAUGGACUUCAUAAAUGAUGCAGUUGUCACAAUGAAUGCCUUUGUUGAUGCAUACAAACCUGCAGCCGUUUAUUUAUCUCAUCCUGCCGAAAUAAGGUGCUGUGAUCAGAUGAAUCUCAUUUCUCUUUGACUUUGAUUCUGUUAGACAUUACCUUGGAACUCCAGCUUGUUGGCUACUUGUUCUGCCAGCUUGGAACUAUCUUUUUUGGGUAAUUCAUCCUCUUGUUCCAUGCUUUUCAUCCUUUUUUAAAGGAUUUUUUUUUGGUCUGAAUACGCUGUUUUUCAUCCUUCUGUCACCAAUCUGUUGGAGAAUACGUGUCUUUGACUUUCGCUCAUAAAGUUCCAAACAUGCCAGUGUUAGUCAACUGUUAUGUGCCCUUCUUCGUGUGCAGUCACGACGGUGAGGAAUUGCUUAACGUCCUCGCAAGAUUACAUGAUUCAUUGUUACCACUGUUUCAACUGGGCUUUGUGCGUAUCUCUGAUAUCGGAGGAGUUGGGACACAGAAGCCAGUCCCUGGUGCUCUUGGAAGUAUUUUCCCUAGUUUGAAGAUGCUCUCAUUGAGGAUAGCCAAGUUUGGGUGGAAUUUGCUUGACAUCUGCUACUUAAGUGACGACCCAUUUGAAGAUAGUCUUUGUUUCCGCACAACUACGAAGAUAUUUCCGGCAAUGGUCGAAGACCCUGUGAUCAGGGGUGACAUUCUCGUCCAGACACUUGCAAAGGUCAACGGGGAAAUUUCUAUGCAUAUCCAGGAUAUCAGGAGGCACGAAACCUUUCUGCAGAAUAUUGAAAGGAAGUACAGCAUAUUGGCCCGGAUCAGCAGCCUCCGUGGCAAAGGUUCAUAGUUCUACGCCUCUUCCUAUAGGUGGUGUCUCUAGAAGAUCCAAUCUCAUGCAUUCCUAAAUAAGUAAUGAUCCUCAGCCAAGAACUAUGAAAGGUUCAUAGUUCUCACAUGCUCUCUUAUUGCUCCCAUUCCGUGUUCUCUUCUUGCCAGAAUUACUAAAAUGCUUUUAGGUGGUGUCUCUAGAAGAUCCAAUCUCAUGCAUUCCUAAAUAAGUAAUGAUCCUCAGCCAAGAACUUGCCCAUUAUUCUUGUAGGUGGUUUGGUUCUUUUCCCUUUAUUAUUUCUGUCAUGGGGGAAGCCUUUGAUAGUAUCUGAAAGAAAUUAAUGAAUAAAUAAUGCUGUUUUUGCCAAGAACUUGGUAUCAUAUGCUUUGGUUGCUCCCUGUAUUAUUUCUGUUCGUGGGGGAAAACCGUUCAAAAUGUGGGAAAGACAGAUUUUAUAUGUAAUUAUUAUAGUAUCAAUGCAGCAUUUAAUACGGCAUAAUCUACGUAUGAUGCCAAAUAUUAAUAAAGUUUAGUUAUUGCCGGGCUAUGAUCAUUUCACUGGCUCACGUGCACAUGCAGUGAGGCUGGGUUCUGUUUCUGUCUUUACCUACUUUAGACUAUCUUAAACAGGCAUUAGAUUUCUUCCGCCAUCAAUUUAUCCAUUAAAUGCUUGUUUAAUUAAUUAAAGGCUCAUCUGGGCUGGUGAAUACUUCUUACAUGUACCCUCAAUCCAUAUUGAAAAACCCUAAUCCUCUGUUUACAUGGCAAGAAACGUUCUUUAAUGGGUCUGUCUGAUUAAUGAAAACCCCAAUUCUCUAUUUACAUGGCAAGAAACGUUCUUUAAUGGGUCUGUCUGAUUAAUGAAAACCCUAAUCCUCUGUUUGGUCUGGAUUCAGGAUGGAUUUUCUUGGACGAAGAACAGUUUCGUCACAUAUCUGGGAUCACAACCUCAUCUUUCCCCAGGUCGAGGGAGGAAGAACCACCAAAGCUUCCGGCCUUCUCAGAGGAAGACACUGCGAUUAUGGAAUCAAGGAUCAGUCAAGUAAAGGAUCUCUUCCCCGAUUAUGGCAAUGGAUUCCUUGCGGCAUGCCUGGAGGUCUACGAUCACAACCCAGAAGAGGUAAUCCAGAGGAUACUAGAUGGCACCCUCCACAAAGACCUGCUCUCCCUUGACAGAACCCUGGAGCAGGUUCAUCUCCCCAGGCCUGCACCCGCCGCAGAGAGCGCAGUGUCAGCAGUUCCAGCAUCCCAUGGCAGGAGCUCUAAAGGGAAAGAGGUGCUAACCCAGGCAGAACCACCACCACCACCACCACCACCGCCACCACCAUCAUCAUCUUCAUCGUCAUCUCAAGGGAAGUUCUUCAGAAAAACAGAGUACGGAGCCCCCGACGCCAUGAUUCUGGACUCGAGAGCAGCCAAGGAUUCAGUGAGAGCUGCCGUGCUCGAAGCGCAGUAUGAAGAUGAGUACGACGAUUCGUUCGACGAACUGGGUCUGAGCGUGGUGGAGUCGGGGCUCGAAACGGCGGAUGCUUCAGGUAAUCGGAUCAGAACGGAGGGUGGUUCUUCGAGGUGGCAGACCCAGAGACAGCCGCAGUACUACGUCAAAGAUGGAAAGAACUACAGCUACAAGGUCUCUGGUUCGGUUCCCGUGGUCAACUCUGAGGAGGCGGCGCUGGUCAACCAAGCUCAGAGAGAGACCAUACAUGGCCUGGGGAAGGGGGGGAAUCGUCCUCUCGGAGCUGUCAGGAGGCUGAUGGAUUCACAGGAGGGAGACGAGGAUGGUGAAGCUGCAGGUGAUGCCGGCCGUGGGCACACAAAUCCGCGGGGGCGGGGGGGGAGAAGAGGCGGUGGGGACAGGCACCACAGGAAAGACCGGGCGUUGAGGAAGGCGUUUGCUGGGUUGACCACUAGUUGA